AUGUUGCAGAAUCCUUCAAAAUAUCAUCCAAAUCCGUUUUCUCACUUGUUGGCCUUGCACGGUUCUCAGGCUGUAGCUAAUAACAACAUCACCACCCAUCAAACACAUUUGGCUACCUUGCCGCCGGUUUUCGCUACGCAAAGCCAACUUCAACUUCAACAUCAGCAGCAACAGCAGCAGCAACAGCAACAACAAGACUUCCAUAAUCAUCACCAUCCAACCACUAUGACGACUACCAGUCAACAUCACAACUCAUUUCUGCUACAAAAUCAUCCACCACGUGAGCCACACAUACAUACUAACCACCCACUGUUGAAUUCGACUCAAACACGAACACAUGAGCUCCUUGAUACGACGAGUACCUCCCUCGACAUGGGCAAGUCUUUCACAAUUGCCGCCAUUUUGGGUUUGCAAAAGAGCGCAAUGGAGAAUAGCCGAAAAGAUUACAACAAUGCAAUCAAUUUAUCGCUAAAUAGUAGCAAUGAAAAUGGCGGUAAAGAGUCGCGUGUAGGACGAUCAGCGCACGGUAAUCAACAAAACUUUAGUGACGACGAAGUGGAUAAUAGCGAACAACAAUCGCAACAUUUGCGCACACCAAGUGGAGGUAAUGCAUGCAGCGAUAGUGGCGUUAAGUUGCUGAAGUGCGGCAGAAAUACCAAUAGCCUGUAUCAUCAAAAUGCCAGCCAUUUUGAUUGCAAUAGUAAUGCAGGUGCUGCGCUCUUGCAUCGUUAUUUGCCAAUACCAGUCUCGGCUGCACCAGUGACGGCAGCAACAUCAUCAUUUGUCGCUGCAGCAGCUGCAGCAACACAACACCACCAUCAACAACAGCAGCAGCAGCAGCAGCAAAAUCUCUUAUUGUCCCAUGUGCGCUCGGUUGCCUCAGCCGCUGUUGCUGCAUCCGGUACAUCAUCUGCGUUACAGAGCUUACAACAACUACAUCAACAUCACGCUCAGCAAAGUUCUUUGAGUCUUCAACGGGAAAAGCAUAAAUCAGAGAGCAAUGCAAAAAAGACGUCGUUGAAAAAUAAACGUGUGCGCACAAUCUUUACACCCGAGCAGUUGGAGCGGUUAGAAGCAGAAUUUGAACGACAGCAGUAUAUGGUUGGUCCCGAGCGACUCUAUUUGGCACAUACCCUACAGUUAACGGAAGCUCAGGUGAAGGUAUGGUUCCAAAAUAGACGCAUCAAGUGGCGAAAACAUCACCUUGAAAUCACACAACAACGCCUUGCUCUCCUACGCCAGACCCAGUUGCCGGGCGCUGUUGAAUUGGCAGGCAGUGGUGUCGCAGGCGCAUCCUCUAUAACAGCCAGUAGUGUCAUGCCGAAUAUCAGCAACACCAAUUCCAUCAACGAUGCCAGAACAUCAUCUCCGAUCAGCUGUGGUGCAGAAGACGCUGAUGAGCUUAGUAAGCAAGGCGAAGAGUUUCAUUCGUUAAGUCGUGGCAGUCAUUCAUGUUCGGAAUCGGAUCUAUCGAUAUGUAAUGACUCCAUUGAAGCUGGCAGUGCGGUGGAGGGUAUUGAGGACACAUAAAAUUUGUGAUUCGGUAUACGUUAGUGUUUGUAUAUAUAGUAAUUACUAAUUCAUAAUCGUUUAUAAUGUAUAUUAUUGUACGGGCACAUAAAAAGUAAGAAAUAAUAGUGAAA